GAAGAUGACACAUAACCCCUAUUAUAUAAACGUAUAGAAACAAUAAUUAUUCAGUUACAAGUUUUCCUCUCGCUUCAGUGGAUAGUUAUCUACAUAAUGUUGCGAAUAAGUUUUGUGUUGUUGGGCGUCUGUGCUCUAUUGGGCGCGUCCCAGCCCAUAGACAAUGGACCAGUGUUGAAACAACUUCCAUCUGAACUGUUGUUCAGAGAGGGAAGAGAAACUACCGUUGAAUGCGUCACUGAGGGAAGGGAAAGUGGAGUGAGUUACAAAUGGCUCAAAAAUGGACAACCUUUCUCACCUAACGCCGAAGUCGUCCAAAGAAAAGACGAAGGGACGCUGGUUUUCAAAAACCCGUCCAAAAACGACGAAGGCAGAUAUCAAUGCCUCGCGGAAACCAAAUAUGGCAUCUCGACCACAAGGGUCAAUUUAAAACGAACGUUCAUAGACAAACCUAGAGUUGAACUGAAAAACCAUAAACCAGUAGAGGGAAAAAUGUACAAACUCGACUGUAAAAUCCCCAAUUCGUAUCCAAAACCAGAAAUUGUUUGGCUUUACCAAUCCCUGUCAGAUUCUAGUGCAUCUAGGAAUAUUCUAGACCGCCGUAUUACGCUCUCACCCGAAGGUGAUUUGUAUUUCACGAAUGUGACCAAAGGGGAUACUAGUGGCAGUUUUAAGUAUGUCUGCGUGGCUAGAUCGCCAGCUUCUGAUGAUGAUGUGGUGUUGGCUGAGCAUGUGCUGGAGGAAGCUUUGCCCAACAAUGGGCAAGUUGACAAUGAGGUGUAUCCUAUGUAUGUGACCAAAGAUUUCACUGCCACCGUUGGUACCGUCACCAUGAUUUAUUGCAUCUAUGGCGGCACUCCCCUGGCAUAUCCGGAUUGGUACAAAGAAGGCACAAAUGUGGAGAACGGACCAAAAGACCGCGUGACGAGCCACAACCGCACGUCGGGCAAGAGGCUGCUGAUCAAGGACACGUGGCUGGAGGACCAGGGUAACUACACGUGCAUCGUGGACAACGGAGUCGGCCAACCGAAGCAGCACACCAUGCGACUCACCGUAGUCAGUGAGUAAACAGUCCUCUGGCUUAAUGAUACUGCGUGGCACGCUAAAACCGCCCCUCGGGCAGGAGGCUCCUGACCAAGGACACGUGGCUGGAGGACCAGGGUAACUACACGUGCAUCGUGGACAACGGAGUCGGCCAACCGAAGCAGCACACCAUGCGACUCACCGUAGUCAGUGAGUAAACAGUCCUCUGGCUUAAUGAUACUGCGUGGCACGCUAAAACCGCCCCUCGGGCAGGAGGCUCCUGACCAAGGACACGUGGCUGGAGGACCAGGGUAACUACACGUGCAUCGUGGACAACGGACUCGGCCAACCGAAGCAGCACACCAUGCGACUCACCGUAGUCAGUGAGUAAACAGUCCUCUGGCUUAAUGACACUGCGUGACGAGCCACAACCGCACGUCGGGCAAGAGGCUGCUGAUCAAGGACACGUGGCUGGAGGACCAGGGUAACUACACGUGCAUCGUGGACAACGGAGUCGGCCAACCGAAGCAGCACACCAUGCGACUCACCGUAGUCAGUGCACCAGAGUUCACAAAACGGCCUGAACAGGCCUCAGUCCAACCAGGCCAGGAUGUAACACUGCAGUGUCAAGUCGCCGGCGUGCCAGCACCCAAAGUGUCAUGGACACACAACACUAAAACUCUGACACAGAAUGACAGAAUACACAUCUUACAGUCCACACAAGGCAAUUUCACAGUUGCUGAUUUGACUAUUAAGAAUGUACAAGACAGCGACAUUGGUUAUUAUGGAUGUAUGGGACAGAACCCUAAUGGUGAAAUUUAUACUGAGGCGUUGGUUGUCGUUAAAUAACUCAGACCAAUUAUUGUAUAGGACCUGCCUCGCUAGACGUUACUUUUCUGUCAAAGUAUAUGAUCAACGAUCUAAUGCGAUUAUAAAAACUGUCUCUAUAGUAUCGAUGUUAAAUAGUUGUAAUUGUGUUCGUCGGUUAAAGAGCUUCGUAAAAAUACCUUUUUGUGUAAUUGAAUUGUGUAAAAAACUGGCAAAAACUUCUAGUUUAGUAUAAGAUAUAUACUAAAUCUAAGCUCGUUUUCCUCAGAAAACGACAGACAAUUUUGUUCGUGACUAUGAGUGCGAUACAGGUCCUUCUAUAAUUGGCCGGAGUUAAAUAAGUUAUACUUAUAUGUUGGUGUAUGCCCAACCAAUGAUGUAAAUUGAAUAAACUUCACAAUUUUUUUUAAAUUAUAAUAAAAUAACAUGUUUAUAUUAAUUUAUUAUAAUUAAAAAAUAUUAUAUAACCUAUAAAUUC